UCACCCCUUCCGCCUACGUUCCCCCUUCUGUUCCGACUCCCGUCACGGUUGUCACCUCUCCUACCGGCAUCCUUCCCACCGCUUCCUCUUCCGUCCCCACACCUAGUUCCGUUCCAGCCCAGCUGGACCCCAGCUACCCCAUUAUGACGGUUGGUUCAAACGAUUCUAUCGUAUCAGACCGUCACCAGCCUGCUUCCCCCGCAGCCUCAGGCUACCCCAACACAUCCCAACUGGCUACACUCCAAAUUGCCAAUGCCGGUUCUCCUGAAUCUGGCACUCCAGCCGCGCAAGCUCCAAAUUCAUCAGAUGUACCCAGUUAUCAUGGCCUACCGCUCCCUGCUCCCUUUGAUAACAGUCAGGGGUUAG